AUGCCGCCCAAGACCAGUGGAAAAGCCGUCAAAAAAUCUGGCAAAGCCCAAAAGAAUAUCACGAAGUCUGACAAGAAGGGUCGCAAGAAGAAGAGGAAGGAAAGUUACGCUAUCUACAUUUACAAGGUGCUAAAACAGGUCCACCCUGACACCGGUGUUUCCUCCAAGGCCAUGAGCAUCAUGAACAGCUUUGUCAACGAUAUCUUCGAACGUAUUGCUGCUGAAGCUUCCAGACUCGCUCACUACAACAAGCGUUCCACCAUCACUUCACGGGAAAUUCAAACAGCUGUCCGUCUUCUGUUACCCGGUGAAUUGGCCAAACACGCCGUCAACACCUCCCUGGGCGAUGGUUACUCCGGAGAGAAGUUUGUUCAAUUCCUCAUCGUUACGGAUGGCCAACUGAAGAUGACGGGGGAUGAUUCUGGUCUUCUUGUUGUCACGAGCAGCGUUUCCAGCCAACUCUAG